AUGGCGUCUUACGGUAACCUUGUCAAAGUGCACGUGUCAAAGGACAAUCUGAACUUUAGCGCUGCGCAUUUUAUCGCCAUCAAGGGAUUUCGUGAAAAACUACACGGACACAACUAUUGUGUGGAAGUGUCGAUAACGGCACCGAUGCGCCGGGGCGGUUCAAUGAUCGACAUUCGUGAGAUCAAGACGAUUUCGCAGACAAUCUGCAACGAGCUGAAUGGGUCGUUUCUCGUACCGAUGCACAGCGACGUGCUUACUAUUUCGUUUACCAGCACGAAUGUACGCAUUGUCACGGAAGACUUGGCAAUGUUCAGCUUUCCCAAGGUAGACUGCUCGCUGCUUCCGAUUGUCCACACCUCAGCGGAAGAACUUGCCAUUUACAUUAGCGAUCGGCUUGUAGAGACAUUCACACCCGCUGCUCUUCUGAAGCAGGGCGUGCAGAAGAUGAACGUCAUCAUAUCGGAGGCCGACCAGCAGUUCGCCAUAUACGAGCGCAUUAUCCUCCCGGAGAUUCCCAAGAGUUAA